UAAGAAGCAGGGGCUUUUCCUGUUACGUUCUUCUAAGAAAUGUACAAAGAGGCAAAGCAACAACACUAUAUUCUGUGACAGAAGUAUUAAUCUGAGAGAAAACAAGUCUAAAUGCUGUGAUACUCCAAACAAAUGCUGUUAUUUAUAUUCGGUGCCAGCCAAGCACUUGGAAUUUUGGGGAGACUAUUAAUUGCAGAGCUAUAUGUUUUGUAGUGAUAACAUUCAUUACAUUGCAGCAUUAGAGGAAAAAUGCAUACAGGUUUUAAAAAAUAAUAUGGGACCAGCAUGUUUUCCAAAGAAAUGGGAUUAUCUACUGUUGAUUUGGGGCCAACAUCUGCCAUUCUGAAAGGAAAUGGAGAUAAAGCUAUGUAGGUGCCAGUUAUGAAAUGACAAAUCAGAUGUACAGACUUUUUUAUAAUAACUUGAAUAAAAAGACCUCAUAGGGAACGUUGCUUGGCAUUUUUAUUUUAAGAGAUAAAGGAGAAAUGACUGAUAGAGAAAAUGCCUGGCAGGGAGGCACAUUUAUCCCUGCUUCUUUGAAAUUUCUUAACAUAAAUUAUGACAUACAGAAAAACUGUAAGAGUAAUGCUCUCCAUAAUCAAUUAUAUAAACCAUAUGAUUCUUUUUCAAAGAAAGAGAAAUGUUCAGAAACUGGAAUUUCUUCUUCGCUGCAAACAGCCAUGUAUGCUGAAAUUCAAUUAAACAAGGAUGGAUCUCGAGUGACAUUGAAGCCACUGAGGAGCCAGUCCUCGGUCGACAAACAAGGAAGUGAAAGUUCUGAUGCCAGUUAUGUUAAACAGAGCAAUAGUAUCUCAAAAAACAUAGAUACCUUGCAUAAUAACUUCAUUUGGAAUGACUGCACGAAGCCGAUAAAGGUGUACAGCAAUUGCACCAAUGAUUCCAUAGCCUGUGCUUGUAACUACCUGGAACUACCGUCAUGUGGGGGUAAAACUGGACAACUCCCUGAUUCUUCUGAUGCGUCAGUGGAUAAGUUAUUGUGUUUCAGAAAAGGAACCCCAAAACUCAGUGUGGCAGGCUCAGGCCACAGUUUCUCAAGUGGUAAUUUUACUGGAAGGAUGCCUUCAAAGCCUCUCCUGAGCCAUUUUGAAAACUGCAAUGCAAACAAAAUUAUGGAGGAAGAUUUCUCCCGAAGCAAGAAGGAGCGUUCCACCUUACUAAUAAGAAGAUUUUGCAAAAAUGAUAAGGAGAUUAAGAAAUCGGUCUACACUGGAACCAGAGCGAUUGUAAGGACUUUACCACUGGGGCACAUUGGGACUGUUGCUUGGAAUUGUGUUGCUCAGUGGAAAGUCCAUACUGAGUUAAGGAACACUGGGAUUAUAUCACAGCAGUUAAAAAUGCUUCGAGUUUCAAUAAACCAAGCAUUAAAUGAUUACCUUCUGCAAUCCAUGUGGCAUGGGAUUUUCAGGUCAACACAAGGAGCUGAAGAGUCUUUGGACUGCUUUUCCCAUCCAGUGAGGAUUUUGUUAAUACCAUGCCACCAUGCAGAUUGCAUGACACCAUGUCCUCAAAGAGUUCCUGAAUACCGCGCCACUUUAAGCAGAACUUCUCUCUCAGAUUUUAUCAGUGGAGCCUUACUCGAAGCAACUACAUCUCUGGGAGCAAGAAGUGGCACCUUAAAUGUUUUAGGAGGAUCAACUGGAAAGAUCAUGUUAAAAGAACGACAGUUGAGUUCAUCCAUGGCUGCAUCAAACACCCUCCCUUCCACUGUCAGUGGUAUCAGUAAAGAACUUGCAGAACUGCAGCACCUCAUUCAGUUUCCGGAAGAAGUCGCUAGCAUUCUGAUGGAGCAGGAGGAGGAUCUCUACAGAAAAGUGUUGCCGAUUGACUAUCUCUGCUUCUUAACCAGAGAUUUGGGAAAUGCGGAAUGUCAUACCACACUUUCAACCGUUAAAGCAACUUUUCUGUCUGUCCCAGAUGGGGAACACAGUGCUGUUGAAAAUUUGGUGACACGGUUCAAUGAGGUAAGCUCUUGGGUGACAUGGCUGAUUCUGACUGCAGGUUCUAUGGAGGAAAAACGAGAAGUUUUCUCUUAUGUAGUACAUGUGGCAAAAUGCUGUUGGAACAUGGGCAACUACAAUGGUGUAAUGGAAUUCUUGGCAGGACUCAGGUCAAGAAAAGUUUUAAAAAUGUGGCAGUUCAUGGACCAAUCUGAUAUUGAAACAAUGCGAAGCUUGAAAGAUGCUAUGGCACAACAUGAAUCAUCAUCUGAAUAUAGAAAAGUUGUCAACAGAGCUCUGAAUAUCCCUGGCUGUAAAGUAGUUCCUUUUUGUGGUGUAUUUUUAAAAGAGCUCUAUGAAGUUUUGGAUGGGGCUGCAAGCCUCAUCAGACUUUGUCCUCAGUAUAAUUCUCAGGAUGAAACACUAGAGUUUGUUGCAGAAUACAGUGGUCAAGAUAACUACUUACAAAGGGUAGGUCAAGAUGGCCUACAUAAUAUAGAAAAAGAAUCCAUGACUAAUUACAUAUUUCAAACAAUUCGAAGCUGUAAUCGAAGCUUGGAGUCAGAAGAUGGAGAAGAUAACUUUAUUGAAUAUGAAGGCGGAAAUUCCAGAAAAAAUUCUUUGAAGGACAAAACCCGCUAUCACUUAAUAACUGGAGAUCUGUCAGAUUCCGAAAACGACAUAUUUGAGCAAUUCAAAGAAUGGGCAACACAGGCUGCUGAAGAACCACAAGAAGCGUUCAGUCAUGGAAUAGAGCUAAUUCCCUGGUAUGUGUUAUCAAUCAGAGUUGACGUCCAUCAGUUCAUGUUGCAAGGUGCAACAGUUAUACGUUAUGAUCAAGAAACUCAUUUGUCAGCCCGUUGUUUCCUUCAGCUUCAACCUGACAAUAGCACACUGACGUGGACAAAGCCAACCAUUACUUGCUGUGCAAAUUCUAAAAUAAAACUUAGCAUAUUAGGUAGCACAACUGAACUUGGAAAAUUUCAAUUUCUUGGCAAUACUGGAUUAAAUGGACUGGUCGAGGGUUGCUUAGAUCUGUUGUCAGCAAAAGCUGUGUAUAUGGGACAUUCUGGCAUUGAUAUGCAUGCUGUGUGCAUUCAGAAUAACCUUUUAAACAUGACUCUUGAAGAGAAUGGUGUAACGUUAUUAUAUGGACUUCAAACUACUGAAAACAAAUUGCUGCAUUUUGUGGCUCCAAAAUAUACUGCUAAAAUGUUGUUUCAUGGAUUGCUGGAAUUAAUUAAAGCUAUAAGGAAGAUGAAGAGAUUUCCUGAUCAGAGAUUACAGUGGUUACGGAAACAAUACGUCAUCCUCUAUCAGGAGGAUGGCCGAUACGAGGGUCCAACCUUGGCUCAAGCUGUUGAGUUGUUUGGAGGGAGACGCUGGAGUACAAGAAAUGCAAGCCCAGGAAAUUUUGCAAAAAACCUAGAGAAGCCAGGUGUGCAAAGAAACAACACUUUAGGAAUCAGUACAGCUAAGAAGAAAAAGAAAGUGCUCAUGAGGGGUGAAAGUGGAGAUGGCACUGAUGAUGAGAUGGCAAGUCGAAAAGCAAGGCCUCUCAAGGAAAAUCGGAAUAGAAGUGGUUCAGACCCUCAAGAUAUUGAUGAGCAAGAAGAAACAGAUCCAACUCUUCUGGUUACUUUUACUGGUGCAAACACUCUGCCUUCUAGAAGAACACAGUCACUGACUACUUCUUUGCCACCUAGUGUAACACCUGUAGUCUCUUCACCUGUUAGACCACAGUCUUCUCCAGUGAUGUCACCAUCAGUAAAAAAUCAACCUAGCACCUGGAGCAGUAGUAGCUGGCAUGGAAGAGGUAAAGGAGGACUGAAGGGCUUCCAGACUUGCAUGGCUUCUGAAAGCAAUAUGAGUUUUGUUGAAUUUGUAGAGCUCUUCAAGUCUUUCAGUGUACGAAGCCGCAAGGAUCUCAAGGAUCUUUUUGAUAUAUAUGCCAUACCAUGCAAUCGUCUGAGUCCUGAUUCAGCUCCACUGUAUACUUCCUUGAAGAUUGAUGAGAACACAAAUGGACUCCAGCCUGAUUUAGAUUUAUUAACGAGGAACAUAUCAGAUUUGGGCUUGUUCAUUAAGAAUAGGCAGCAGUUAUCGGACAACCAGCGACAAAUAUCAGCCGCUAUUGCUGCAGCAAGCAUUGUUACUAAUGGCACUGGAAUAGAGAGCACAUCUCUGGGAGUAUUUGGUGUGGGAAUACAGCAACUUAAUGAUUUCUUAGUAAAUUGCCAAGGAGAACAUUAUACUUACGAUGAAAUCCUCAGUAUUAUUCAGAAGUUUGAACCAAGCAUCAGUAUGUGUCAGCAGGGGCUAAUGUCAUUUGAAGGAUUCACACGGUUUUUGAUGGAUAAAGAUAAUUUUGCCUGUAUGAAUAAUGAGUCUCAAGAGAACAUAGAAGAUUUGCAGUUUCCACUGUCAUAUUAUUACAUCGAAUCUUCACACAAUACAUAUCUCACGGGACAUCAGCUUAAAGGAGAAUCUUCAGUAGACCUUUACAGCCAGAUUCUAUUACAAGGCUGUCGGAGUGUGGAAUUAGACUGCUGGGAUGGUGAUGAUGGUAUGCCUGUAAUUUAUCAUGGACAUACACUCACUACCAAGAUAGCUUUUAAGGAAGUAGUUGAAGCUAUUGAUCGUAAUGCUUUCAUCACUUCAGAACUGCCAAUUAUCAUAUCUAUUGAGAAUCAUUGUUCUUUGCCACAACAACGAAAGAUGGCUGAAAUUUUCAAGAAUACAUUUGGAGAUAAACUGGUAACUAAAUUUUUAUUUGAAAGUGACUUUUCUGAUGACCCGUUGCUACCUUCUCCCCAUCAAUUAAGAAGAAAGAUUCUGCUUAAAAAUAAGAAGCUCAAAGCACAUCAAACUCCAGUGGAUAUAUUAAAACAGAAGGCUCAUCAGCUGGCAUACAUGCAGGCUCAAGCAAGCAAUGGUAGCAACAUGGGAAAUCUUUCUACUGCUAAUGAAGAAGAGGAGGAAGAAGAAGAUGAAUAUGACUAUGACUAUGAGUCCUUGUCUGAUGCUGAUGUCCUUAAUGCUUCUCCUGCUCCUAACAGCCAGGAAGAUAACAUUUUGGAAGACCGACCUGAGAAUAAAUUAACCAUUGACAAGCUUCAGUUUGAAUUUAGUGAAGAAAGUGCCAAGAGAAUAAAGAAGGCUGAUAGCAUUGUGUGCAACACUAAAGGAAAGUUGCCCCUGAUAAAGGAUGUUUCAGGAUGUAAAACUGUACCCACAGAUCUGGAAGUUUAUGAUAUGGAACUGAGUGAAGAAUUUUAUCUUUCUCAAAAUAAAAAAGAAAGUAGACAAAUAGCACCUGAGCUCUCUGAUCUUGUCAUCUACUGUCAAGCUGUGAAAUUCCCUGGCUUGUCAACUCUAAAUCCAUCUGGUUCUAGCCGAGGGAAGGAAAGAAAAAGCAGGAAGUCCAUUUUUGGCAACAAUCCUGGAAGGCUGAGCCCAGGGGAGCCAACCACGCUUGCGAAAACAUCUGGAAAAGGAACCUUUGAUAGUGUCCGGCAGACCUGGGACGAAACUUGUUCACCUAUUCCUACAACUUCUCUGAGUUCUAUAAUAAGGACACCUAGGUGUUACCAUAUUUCUUCUUUGAAUGAAAAUGCUGCCAAGCGCUUGUGCAGGCGAUAUUCUCAGAAACUAAUAGAGCAUACCAACUGCCAGCUCCUGAGAACAUAUCCAGCUGCAACUCGCAUUGACUCAUCCAAUCCACAUCCCCUUCUGUUCUGGUUUCAUGGAGUACAACUGGUGGCACUGAACUAUCAAACGGAUGAUCUUCCCCUGCAUUUGAACACAGCAAUGUUUGAAGCAAAUGGCGGCUGUGGAUAUGUUCUGAAGCCUCCUGUUUUAUGGGAUAAGAACUGUCCAAAAUAUCAGCACUUUUGUCCUUUAGAACGGGAUUUUGACAAUAUAGAGCCGGCUAUUUAUUCCUUGACAAUUGUGUCUGGACAGAAUGUUUGUCCCGGCAACAGCACAGGAAGCCCAUGCAUUGAGUUGGAUGUGCUUGGGAUGCCUCUGGAUAGCUGCCAUUUCCGCACCAAACCGAUUCAUCGCAAUACUCUAAAUCCCAUGUGGAAUGAACAGUUUCUUUUCCGAAUUCACUUUGAGGAUCUAGUCUUCCUUCGUUUUGCAGUUGUUGAAAACAAUUCCUCAGCUGUGAUGGCUCAAAGAAUAAUACCUCUGAAAGCUUUAAAAAGAGGUUACAGACAUCUCCAAUUACGAAACCUGCAUAAUGAAGCACUAGAAAUCUCAAGUUUGUUUAUUAACAGCCGAAGAAUGGAAGAAAAUCCUUCUAUGAAUGCUGUACCUACUACUUCGCAGUUCAGCACAGCAGAAUGGAGAGCAGCUGUAGUUUACAAAGUCACCAUACAUGGAGUCCCAGGUCCAGAACCAUUUACAGUUUUUCCUGUAAGGCAAGGAACCACAGUAGCUCAGCUUUUGCAUGAAAUUUUGGCUAAUACAAAUGGUAUUGGAAACUAUCCUACUGAUUAUUUUUUGAUGGAGGAGAAAUGCUUUAUAUCUAAAGACAGAAAUGAGUACAGGAAGCCACCGUUCCAACGAGUGCUUGGUCCUGAGGAAGAACUUGUCCAGCUCUUGAACAGCUGGUUCCCAGAGGAAGGCUAUGUCGGAAGAAUUAUCUUUAAAAUGCGUGAGGAAAGUUUAAAUACAAGGAAUCUCUGUCAGGAGGAAAAAGACGAUGCAGUCACAAUCUCUGAAGAUGAUAGUUUCUUUGUUCAAGUUCAUGAUGUUUCUCCUGAGCAACCUCGGACAGUCAUCAAGGCUCCUUGCUUCAGCACAGCCCAGGAUGUAAUCCAGCAGACUUUAUGCAAAGCCAAAUACUCCUACAGUAUUCUGAACCAUCCUAAUCCAGGUGAUUAUGUCCUUUUGGAAGAAGUGUCAAAAGAGCCAGCCAACAAAAGAUCUUCGACACCCAAAGUAUGUCAGAGGAUUCUUUUGGACCAAGAGUGUGUGUUUCAGGCUCAGAACAAAUGGAAAGGAGCUGGGAAAUUUAUUCUUAAACUUAAGGAACAAGUCCAAGCAGGCCGAGAUGAUAAAAGGAAAGGCAUUUCCUUUGCUAAUGAACUUAAGAAAUUAACAAAGUCAAGUAAGCAGUACAGAGGCUUUAUAACCCCAUCUCUACAAACUUCUUCAGAAGGUCUUCAGAGUAAAGAUGACAAGGCUGGUUGCCAUUUGACUCUUAGCGAUGCUAUGGAAUAACAUAACAGCUUUCAAUUCAGGGAAUUAUAAAUACAAGAGACAACAAUCACAGUGAAGAUGAGAAGAUGUAAAGAUGGAUCCUUCAGCAUCUUAUUUGGGCAGUAUUUUACCUGUAACUGGAAUAGGUCUCUGAAAGACAAAAAGCUUUGGAGAAUGGAAGAAAUCACCAGUGAGGCCCUGGGAGAGCCAGCUGAGGGUGGUUGGCAGCGCAGGUGUAAUAUCGAUGAGAGGCUGAUGGUAUUCUGCAAAUGAGAAGUUGGCUCUGAGCUUUGAAGGAAUCAUGUGGAAGAAUUUGGAAACUGUUUUCUUCUUCAUACUCAGCACCUUGGGCUGGGAGAGUAAAGUGUGCACCUUAUGUAGCCCUUUGCAAACAGAAACCUGCUUUUUUGAAUAGAAGAUUUUAAUUAAGUAUCUUAAGGGAAAAUGAAGGUUGAUAAUGUUUUAUAGUUUGUUGCAUAAAUCUAAUGCACCUUUAAGAAUUCCUCUUCACGCUAAUGUGAUUACAGGCAGAUGUAUGUAGUACGUUGUAAUUCACAAAUUUUAGUAGAGUAUUGUGAAUAUAUCAUCUGUCUUAAUGUCAGUGUAAGUAGAUGGUAUAUAUAUUGAUUAGAAGAGAAUUUUUUCAGGUAAUGUAUCCUAGUUUCCCUGUUUUGAAACACAGUAAUUUAUUUUAAUAUUUUAAAGUACGUGCCACUGUAAUAUAUUUAUCAUGUCUUGCUCUAGAGAAUUCUACAUAUCUUUAUAGAGAAUGUUACUUAUUUCUCAGUUUAAAGGGGAUAAAUGUUUAAUGAAAAAGUACAUUCAGGAAACAUAAUCUGUAUGUUGACUAUCUCAGUAAACAAUAUUAAAAAUUUUUGAGAAAAGGCAA